AUGGAUGGUGGAAUAACGAUCUUGCUAAUGAUUCAUGAGAAGAAAAAAGCGGGCAGCAAGCUCACAAACCUUGGGACUGGACCAUGGACAGAAAAAGCUCUAGCAACACUGCCGAAAAGCCUAUCAGGUGCCGAGCUGCGAUUGCUAGGAAACCACAGGAACCGCUGUUCAGAAUCAAAAUCAUAUGCACUUCGCUUUGCCAUAGCGAUAUCAACUACUGGAAAUUGGAGGGUUGUAGAGAGUAUCGGUGAAGACGUACAUGAAGUUGUUGAAGGAGACACUGUGAUCACAAUGUUUCUGCUAGAUUGUGGUGAAUGUGCAGAUUGUUUGUCCAAAAAAAGCAACCUCUGUUCAAAAUAUCCUUUCCAUUGUACCCCAUGGGUGGGUAGAGAUGAAACAAGCAGAUUCACAGACAUGAAUGGAGAAACUUUAUACCAUUUCUUGCAUGUAUCAAGUUUUACGGAGUACACAGUGGUUGAAGUUGCUCGUCCAACUGAUCAAUUGUGUAGGUUUACAAAGUAUGUACUAUUGGUGGAAUGUCUCGUUUUGGAAGUGACAUAUGCUUCCCAUGACUUUGAAUUAGGAAUAAGGUAUGAUUUGAGAAGAGUUUCAAAGGAAGAUAAUGGGUCUUACUAUGCUUAAAGAAGAAUUUUCGCAUACACUAAUGCUUACGUGGCAAUUGGACCACUUGCUAAGCAUGUUUUGCAUGGGAAGAAGAGUAUUAUGCUUGAGAUCGGAAUGUUAUGUUCUCAGAAACCGGAAACAAUAGAACAGGGGUGA